ACCGCCAUAUUUUCUUUCCGGCUUGAAUUGUCCUUGGUUGUUGGUGUCCCAGUGUAAGGUGAAAUUGCAGCUGAAACAGCGGAAUAAAAAGUGCAGUUAACACAGUUAAUCAGGAAUCUGAUAACUGGUAUAACUGUCGAGAUGGAACUACCAGAUGAGGCGAAGCGUCUGCCUCCGCCGGGGAUAAUUAACGUAAAUUCCGUCUGGCUUGGGCUUGCUGGCUGGUGCACGGCGAUGUUGGAGAACUCCUUUAACCGCAGACCAGCUCUGAAGUCCGGUGCUCAUCGUCAGCUGCUGUACGCCACCAUUGGCUGGUUCCUGGGGUAUCACCUUAGAAAACGGGAACUGUAUACCUAUGCCCGACUUGACAGAGACAUGAGUGAAUACAUUAGAAUGCAUCCUGAAGAAUUCCCGGAGAAAGAGAAAAAGACAAUGGCUGAAGUUCUGGACGAUUUCCAUCCUAUCCGCUGAACAGUAGUGGAUGCUGCCAGUGAAGUGAGAUGUUGUGGAGGUCCGAGUUGAUACCACAGUCUGGUUGUUUAUUAUUGUACUCCUUUGGCAACUUUCCACAAUUCUGUACAAAUGAAAACGUGUAAUAAAUUAAAAAUAUCUUUUGUUCUAA